AUGAUGUCAGCUGUCAAUGACUCCAGAUUCCAAUCUGCCGUGUUCCUUCUCACCGGGAUACCUGGCCAUGAAGACAUCUAUCUCUGGAUCUCCAUCCCCUUCUGCUUUGUGUAUGUUAUUGCAAUAAUAGGCAAUUCAGUCAUUCUCUUCAUUAUAAAAACAGAUCCAAGACUGCAUGAGCCCAUGUACAUUUUUCUUUCCAUGUUGGCCAUCACAGACCUUGGCUUAUCGAUAGCCACCAUGCCGACAACAUUGGGCAUAUUCUUGUUUAACUCUAGGGAGAUCAGCAUCGAUGCCUGUUUGGGCCAGCUAUUCUUCAUCCACACAUUUUCAUUCAUGGAAUCCUCCAUGCUCUUACUGAUGGCCUUUGACCGAUUCAUCGCGAUCCGAAACCCCCUGAGAUACGCUUCCAUCUUAACCCUGCCAAGAAUAGCCAAGAUGGGGUUGGUGUUUGCAUUAAGAGGGGUAGUAGUAAUAUUCCCUCUUCCCUUACUUCUGAAACGGUACCAAUACUGUCACGCCAACGUCCUCUCUCAUUGCUACUGCCUGCACCAGGAUGUCAUGAAGAUGGCUUGUGCGGACAUCACAGUCAACAAUAUCUAUGGCUUCUUUCUUACAGUCUCUGUGGUUGGGCUGGACUCGCUGCUCAUCUUCCUCUCUUAUGUGAUGAUCCUCAAAACAGUGCUGAGCAUCGCGUCUCCCACGGAGAGCCUCAGGGCCCUGAACACCUGUGUCUCCCACCUCUGCGCCGUCCUGCUCUUCUACACACCAGAGAUCGGCUUGGCUGUUCUACACAGAUUCGGGAAGGGCUCUUCUCCCUUGCUUCAGGUUCUCCUGGGCUAUAUCACCUUGCUGGCCCCACCUCUGAUGAACCCGAUCGUGUACAGCGUGAAAAGCAAACACCUGCGUGCGAGGAUCAUCAGUGUGUUUGUGAAGUGA